AACAUUUUCCCGUAGAAGUUUUUAAGUACCGCGUUAUUAAUUAUUGACGGACUAAUAACAACAACAAAACAGUGUCAGGAGUGUAUACGUUGUACAAAAAUCUAGAAUUUCAUUUCGAGUCGGAUGGACAAUAAUUUUGUAACCUAUUUCGUACGAUGAGAAAUGGGUUCAUUUAAGCGAUCCAAAUUAAAAAGUAAAUCAAAGUUAGUUGAGAAAUCACGUAAGAUAAUUCGUAAAGAGAGUAGGAGGCAAAAGAAAAUUAAUAAAGCAAGUUAUUUCAAUAAGAAAAAAGAGUCACGUAGUGAACGUUCACAUACUAACGAACGUGUAAACGAUGAUAAUGUUGUCGACAAGAUCAACAUCGAUUCACAGACGAAAUCUCCGAAAGAGCAAAAACAACUGAAACUUGAGCGCAAAAAGAAGAAUCAGAAAAAGAAACUACUUAAAGAAGCAAACCUAAGUGAAGAUAAAGUCAUUAAAAGAUUAGAAAAACAAUUAAAGCUGAAUAAAAAAAAGAAGGAAUCAAUCCCCAAAUCUUUUGCAGCAGACGGUUUAGAUUAUCUUUUGGAUUUUUGCUUACAAAAGGAUAGAAAAUGUAUGGUGGAAACAGAGAAACAUCUUUUAGAAGAUGAAUUUGAUAAUGAUUUUAAAACAGAUUUGUCUGUUGUUCUUGAGGAAAGGACCAAGGAAAAUGUUCACAAAAAUGAGGAGGAAAGCGAUCUAGAAAAUGAAAAUGAAAACACAAGAGAACAUUGUUCACUAAAUACAGAAGAUUUAGAAAUAUUUGAUACUAAUAAACCAGAGUUUGAAGUUAGGCAGAAUAAAAAGUAUAACAAUGUUAGCAAUAAAAAUGAUAAUGCUUGGGAAGAUAUUUAUGGUAGGAAAAGAGAUAGCGAAGGUAAUGUUAUACAUGAGUCAACUAAGUAUAUACCUCCUGCUGCACGAGUUAAUGCAGAUAAUGCAGUUAGGGAUGAUGAAAAAUUACUUUCUUUAAAGAGGAAGUUAAAAGGCUGUUUGAAUAGAGUAGCAGAACAUAAUAUGCAUACUAUAGCUAAUCAGAUAGAAGAAAUGUAUAUGACUAACAGUCGCAAUAAUAUGAACUAUUUGUUUACGAAUCUAACGUUUGAAGCUGUAGUUACAGAAACACUUGCUCCAAAUCGUCUAGUUUGUGAACAUAUGAUGUUAAUUGCCAUUUUACAUGCUAAUAUCGGAGUUGAAAUUGGUGCUCAUUUCUUGGAAAACCUUGUAAAAAGAUUCAUUGAAAUGACGAAUGCGCCACAGGAUGUAGAAAACAAAAAAUUGGAUAAUGUGACAUUAAUGAUUUCACAUCUAUAUAAUUUUAAAGUGUAUGGACACAAGCUUCUCUAUCAGAUACUCGAUAGACUUACAACUAAAUUUACAGAGAAAGAGAUCGAGUUGAUAUUGCUUAUUUUGAAAACUGUAGGGUUUGCACUUAGGAAAGAUGAUCCAAUUGCUCUAAAAGAAUUCAUACAAAGUUUACAACAAACAGCUAGUCAUAGACAUGAACAGAGUUCAAGAGUUAGAUUUAUGUUGGACGUUUUGUUAGCGAUAAAGAAUAAUAACGUUAGUAAAAUACCCCAAUACGAUCCUUCGCAUGUGGAGCAUUUAAAAAAGGUUAUAAAAAAUGUAAUACGCAAAGGCAAUACUAUAUCGCAAUUCAAUGUUUCGUUGGAGGAUUUGUUGAACGCCCAUGAAAACGGAAAAUGGUGGGUUGUUGGUUCUGCAUGGUCUGGAUCAAAUAGUACAGCUAAUCAAAAAAUUAUAAAAAGUCAAAAACAGCUUCGUUUUGGUAAAAAAAUACUAGAAUUGGCAGAAAAACAAAGAAUGAACACGGAUACAAGAAGAAAUAUCUUUUGUAUUCUUAUGACAGCCGAAGACUACUUAGAUGCUUUUGAAAAGCUUCAUCAUCUUGGCUUGAAAGAUCAAGAAGAAGACGAAAUUGUACACGUUUUAAUACAUUGUUGCUUACAAGAAAACAAAUUUAAUCCCUACUAUGCUGUAUUAGCGCAAAAAUUUUGUGAAUAUAAUCGAAAAUAUCAGCUCACGAUACAAUACGCUGUAUGGGAUAAACUGAAAAUUCUAGAAACACACGAAGCAAAACAGUUAAGCAAUCUGGCCCGAUUCUUAACUCAUUUAUUGAUUGAAAAGUCUCUUGCUUUAUCAGUUUUAAAAAUUGUACAGUUCACAGAAUUAGACAAACAUACCAUGAAACUACUCAGACAAAUAGUACUAGGCGUUCUUCUACACAAAAAUGAACAAACUUGUCUAGAAGUGUUCGAAAAAAUAUCAAUCUCCCCUCGAUUACAACCUUUCAGAGAAGGCCUUCGUUUAUUCAUAAAUUAUUUUGUAAUAAAAAACAUAGAUUCAGCAAGCAUGUUAGAAGAGAAGAAAAUAAUAUUAAAAAGAAGAGUUGAAAUGGCAGAUAAAAUACUGAGUUUACACGGAUCAAAAGUGAAAUUUUGA